AUGAUUUCAGAAUAGCUUAAAUCAGGAACAUCUACUAAAUAAUUGAAUAGUGAAGAUACUCUUAGAGUUGGUGAAUGUACAGUUCAUAAAAGAUAAUUAGAAGCAUUUUGCACAUCUUGUCAUGUGUAUUAUAAAUUAAUUAUACUAGUCUUAUUUGUCCAACUUGUUUAAUGUUUGGAGAACAUAAAGGACAUUUAGUAGAUUAAAUGGAUAAAGCUACUAAAGAUAUUAGAUCAUCGAUGGAUUAAGCAGCAAAAGAUGGUAUUCUAACUAUAUCACAAAAUAGGAAUCUUAAGAUUAGAAAAAACAGAAACUGUCCUUGUUGAUAUUAGACAUACUAAAUUAACAUUUGAAGAAUCAAAAUAAAAAGUAUUGAAAGAAAUUGAAUAAACUUUUGUUUCCAUAUUCAAAUUAAUAAAAUAAAGAAAAGAUGAAGUUAUUAAUCUAAUUAAUCAACAUUAUGAAAUAUAAGUUAACAAUAUUGACACACAAGAAUAAAUUUGGAUGGAUAAAUAAAUUAGAGCAUUUGAUGUUAUUAAAUUAGCUAAAUCUACUAAUGAUUAUCAAUUAUUAGAAAAAGCAACAUAUAUUUUAUAAAGUAUUUCAUUUAUAUUAUUAGAGGUCUCGAAAUUUUAAGAUAAACACCUACUUAUAAGAAUGUUUAUAUAGUUAAUUCUAUCGAUACAACAUUUAAUUUAAAUAACAUUUCAUUAAAUUUAUCUGAAUUCUAAAAAGGCCUGCAAAGUUGGAUAAAAUUGGGCGAUUCUGUACUUAUACAAUUUAAAUGUUGA